AUGUCUCCAGCAACGUUUAUGUCCCUAGCAGCACUUAUGCUGUUGGUCUCCAACAGCAUCUGCUUAGAGGAAGGGGGGAAUUCUGAUGAUGGAACUCUCGCACCUACUGCUUGUCUUAACUGCUCUCUUUGUGAAAAUCCCUGUGGGCCACUCACACCACCUCCACCAUCAUAUCUGUCAUUUGCAGCACCGCCUCCCCCACCAGCACCUGUUCAAGGCAAUUGCCCACCAUCUACUAGUGUUCAGUGCUGCCAGAAUCCCCCUCCCAGACCUAAUUACUUCCCUUACUACAACAAUUCAGCUUCAUCUCCUUUCUUUUCCUCUUUUCUCUUUUCUUUCCUCGGAGUUUUUAUCUCUGGUGCUUUUUUCUAG